AUGCACCCGGACAUGUACUCCCAGUGGAAGAUGCUCCAGUGGGACCCGCCGGAGUUCGCGAGGGCCCCCGGCGGCCCGCCGUCCAACGUGGCGAUCUCCCACGCUAGGCUCGGCGGCCGGGCUGCCUUUAUCGGGAAGGUCGGGAAUGACGAGUUUGGGGAGGAGCUGGUGCUGAUGAUGAACAAGGAGAAGGUACAGACGAGAGGGGUUAGGUUCGACGAGAGCUCGAGGACUGCUUGCAGCCACAUGAAGAUUAUAUUUGACGAGGGGAAAGUGUUGGCCGAGACGGUCAAGGAAUGCGCGGAGGAUUCUUUGCUCGUGUCGGAGUUAAACCUCUCUGUGCUCAAGGAGGCCCGAAUGCUCCACUUGACCUCCGAUACCCUCACCUCACGCUCCACGAGAUCCGCCCUCCUCCGAGCCAUUGCUUGGUCCAAGAAAUUCGGCGCCCUCACUUUCUUCGAUCCGAACCUCUCCCUCCCUCUAUGGAAAUCCCGAGACGAAACACGGGCCAUUCUCAAGCCCGUGUGGGACCAAGCUGACAUCAUCGAGGUCACGAGGCAAGAGAUCGAGUUCCUCCUCGACGAGCCUCGCUACGAACGCAUCCGAAACUACAAACCGCAGUACUAUGCGGAGAGCUACGAGGAGAUGAAGAGCCGUCGAAACUUCCAUCAUUACACGCGUGAGGAAAUCGAGCCUCUUUGGCACGACGGGCUCAAGUUGCUUUUUGUCACAGACGGGACUUUGCGAGUGCAUUAUUAUUCGCCGGUUUUCGACGGGGUUGCGGUGGGGACGGAGGACGUGUUGAUAACGCCGUUCACGUGCGAUCGAACGGGUUCGGGGGAUGCGGUUGUGGCGGGGAUUAUGAGGAAGUUAAUGAUUUGUCCCGAGAUGUUUGAGGAUAAGGAUGUUUUGGAGAGGAAUCUGAGGUUUGCGAUUUCGGCCGGGAUUAUUACGCAGUGGACGAUUGGCGCCGUUCGAGGGAUGCCGACCGAGAGUGCGGCACAGAAUCUUAAGGAGCAAGUAUACGUGCCGUCAAUGUGGUAA